AUGGUGCUGUCGAACGGGGUAAAAGCACAGAGCGGUAUCGUGCUGGGUUCGCAGGGGUCGAUUCUGGGUCCGCUUCUGUGGGACAUAGUGAUCUUUCCUAAGCGGACGGGGUGGAAGCACAGAGCGGUAUCGUUCUGGGAUCGUAGGGGUCUAAUCUGGGUCCGCUCCUGUGGGACAUUGGUUUCGAUUGGGUGCUCUACGGGGCUAAUCUGCAUGGAGAUUCUGAUCGGACGUCGUCUGUUACUCCGACGAUACGCUGGUUACGGCUCGCGUAGAGGACGACCGUUCGGCAUCGAUACUAGUCGCGGCUGCAGUGGUAACGGUCGUGGCGAAAAUAAUGAAACUGCUUUGAAGUCGCCCUCCACAAUUCAGAGGCCGUGUGUAUUCACGUAGCUCGGGGGCGGUCCCCUAGG